AGCGCAGCGCCGCGUCUCUCCGCGCUCGCUGGGGACGCUUGGCUAGCGUGUGAGCGGCUGCAAUCAUGGCGGAGAUGUCCGAGCUGUCCGAGCUGUACGAGGAGAGCCCUGACCUGCAGAUGGACGUGAUGUCUGGCGAGAGCGACCCUCCGCAGAUGGAGGUAGGCAGCGGGAGCCGCGAGCCGUCGCCGAGCCCCGCCUGCCCCGGGGCCGCGCCGCAGCUGGAGGAGGAAGGCCCGAUGGAGGAGGGGGAGGCCCCGCCGAUGGCCGGGGCGGCGGGCCUGGCGGGCGGGCGCGGCGGCGGGGAGCAGCCCCGGCCGGCGGCCGCCGACGGGGAGAGCGGGGACGAGGGCGAGGAACUGGACGACUGGGAGGACGACUACGACUACCCCGAGGAGCAGCAGCUCCGGGGUGCCGGCUACAGGGUGUCGGCGGCCCUGGAAGAAGCCAACAAGCUGUUCCUGCGAACGUCCGGAGCCAGGGAGGCUGCCCUGGACGGCGGGUUUCAGGUGCAGUACGAGAAGACCCCGUUUGAUCAGUUGGCGUUUAUCGAAGAGCUCUUUUCCCUGAUGGUUGUCAAUCGUCUGACCGAGGAACUCGGCUGUGAUGAGAUGAUCGAUAGGGAGUAAGCAAAGGCUGGUGGAAGAGGGAGGAGAGACCCAGCAUCCCAUUAUUUUUUGGGUUCAUUCGAAAUAGCUCCGUGCCAAUGCAACACUUGAUCUUCAAAAACAAAAAACAUUGUGUUCAUUCUGUAGAAGAGGGUAGGACAGUGACUGCACAGUUGUGAGAAACGAAGAGAAUCGCCAAGAAGGAAGGGCCUGCGGACUGUUGAGAAAUGUUUUCAAGAAUGCCCCGAAACACCCAUGCCUUUGACUUUGCUAUUGAUCCAGAUUGUUUCCCUUGUGUUGGGAAAAUAGCUUUCAUAUCGGCUGCACAGCAAGGGAUGGCUUUGCAAGAACAGGGAAUGACCAAGACGAACUGCCAGUAAAAGAGCCCACUGAUAGUACCUGUCUGAUGAGAAAGAACAACGAAAAUGUCCAGCGUGGGACACAAGAUGUCUUUGAAUUAUUUGGACUGGAAGCCUAUUGAGAAAACUUUGAAAAUUCUGAUUUUGUGACCUAUUCAAGUCGUAGUUAUCAAACGCUAAAUUAUUACUGUAACAUAAAUUGAGUUGUUUUCAGUAUCUCAAAAAGAUGAGCAAAUCCAAAAAUAUCACAUGUGCUGUAUCUUUAAAUGUGUUUCCAGAGCAUCUUAAUUUUGUUUAUAUAUGUAUCUUGAUCAUUUAUAAAGCUACGAUGGUCUAUACAAGAAAAUCCAUGUCGUGACCACUUUAAACGGUAAAAAAUUAAGACCUCUUUCAUUAACAGUUUUAGACAGUAUGUUACUGAAAGUACAAAAAAAUAAUUUCUAACACUCUUAUACACAGGGGAAAUUUCUGUUUUGUUCCUCUCUCACUUAAUUUAACAGGCAAAAGAUUUUAGUUGAAAUUAAUACUAUAAGAACUGUGGGUGCAAAUUGUCACGUAAGAGGGAAGUUGUACAUCUAAAAAAAUUGAACAAUUAUGUUACUAAUCUUCUAAAGGUUUUAAACCUGCCCAGAAAUCCACUUCAGUAUCUGAGGUUUCCCUCUCUCUCCUCCUCUAAUUAAGCUUGUUAUUUGUAAUGCACCAGCAUUCCAGAUAAUAAAAUUUCUUGUUCUGUGUA